AAGGAAUAUGAUGAAAAAAGAAAAUAAAAAUAGUGUAGGAAAGUUGAACAAUUGCUGUAAAGUAAAACUCAACCAUGGCGAUGCAGACGGGCGUAGCUGCUUCUAAGGUCCUCAUCCUCGUCGGCGCAGGUGUUACUGGAUCAGUCAUCUUGAGGAGUGGACAUUUGUCUGAAUUGAUUUCCCAACUUCAGGAGUUGAUAUCUAGGAUAAAUGAAGCUGAAACGGCACCUGGGAAAUAUGAUGCUGCUCUUCUCGCUGCUCAGGUUCGUCAAUUGGCUAAAGAGAUCAAGGAUUUGAGUUUAUCCAAUCCAGUUACCAUCUUUAAUGGGAAUACAUCAUCAUCUGCAAGUUAUGCUUCAUAUAUACUUCCUGCAGCAGCUGCGGGUGCCAUGGGCUACUGUUACAUGUGGUGGAAGGGAUGGUCAUUCUCAGAUAUGAUGUAUGUUACCAAGCAUAAUAUGGCAAAUGCUGUUGCAUCUGUGUCAAAGCAGUUAGAUAAUGUUACUGACGCAUUGGCUGCAACAAAGAGGCAUUUAACCAAGAGACUGGAAAACCUAGAUUGGAAAGUAGAUGAGCAGAGGGAGAUUUCCAAACUUAUCGCCAAUGAUGUAUCUGAUGUGAGAUCCAAUCUUAACCAGAUAGGGUGUGACAUUGGCUUGAUCCAUGAGAUGGUAACUGGCUUGGAAGGAAAACUUGAUCUACUUGAAAGCAAGCAGGAUAUGACAAAUUCUGGUUUAUGGUAUCUAUGCCAAGUGGCUGAUAAUAUUAAAGAUGGGCAGACUUCUAAAGUCAUCCAGGAUGUUGGAGCAAAGCUAAUUGAAAAUAAAACUAUAAUUCCAGAGAGCGAGCGCACAAAGGGGCUUCAGUUCUUCAUAGGAACUGAAGAAUCAAGUGUGCUACAGAAAACAACUUCAGUUGGAAAAAAUGCUACAGAUGUUGCUGCCGGAAAGGUGGUCCAUUCCACCAAAACGAGGAUCCACCGGUCUUAUCCUGUUGGUCUAUCGUUUGUGAGCUAAGGUUCAUGAUUCACACCUCUUCUCUCCGGACAUCAUACCCCCAGGUGUUGGUCAUGAAUUGAUUUUGUGAUGAAUUGAGCUAGUGGCCGUUUCGUUUCGCUGCCUAAAAGAAAUUAGUGAUUGGUAUUUUUGGCCAAUGCUUCAGCUGGCAUAACAUCACUUAUUUGUGUGAUUUAUUCUUUAAAAUUUGCUUGUGAAUAUGGAUUGUGUUAUUGACUAUGACAAUUAAAUAAUAAAAGACUUUACGCAGUGGUUGCCCUUGCCCUGAAA